AUGUCCGAUGCGGCCAGCGCCUGGAUGGAUAGCCUCGACAGCGAGCAACGCAGCAAGGCAACGUUCCACUACAUGGAUGGCGAAAGGAUUUUCUGGUACUACCCGCCAUUGAACCGACACGGAUUGCCACUCCGGGACAUGGAUGGGAAUCAACGCAACCUGGCACUGAGUUUACUGGCCACCGGUCUGACCGAUGAAACUAACCGGCAGGCCAACCUGAUCAUCGAGCAUGAAGAGGUGCUUGGUCCUCUGGAAGCGGAAUCGGGCCAUGUUACGUGGCCCAGGGACCCAGAGCUUUACUACUGGACGGUUUUCGGCGAUCCCACCGGUUCAGACCCCUGGGGUUGGCGCGCCGAAGGCCACCAUCUUUCCGUACAUUACAGCGUUUGGGGCGACCAGAUACUGGCCGUCACGCCGUUUUUCCUGGGCGCGAACCCCGCCGAAGUGCGGAAAGGGCCGAAACUGGGUCAGCGGAUUCUGGGCCAGCGCGAAGACCUGGCCAUUGAAUUGAUGGCAUCGUUGGACGCCGGCCAACGGGGCAAGGCAAUUAUCCAUGACAAUGCGCCGUGGGACAUUUUGGGCUACAACAGCAGUAAGCAGGCCAUACACAACGAUGAAGGUCUGGCGGCGCGUGACCUGAACGGUACGCAGAAAGAGAUGCUGAUGACCCUUAUCUCCGAGUAUGUCGGUGGUGUGCCGGAGCCGGUGGCCGCCGACCGAAUGGCCAGGAUUCGCGACACCGGCUUGGAUGACUACCGAUUGGUAUGGGCCGGUGCGUUGGACCGUAGCCGUGACCACUACUACCGCAUUCAUGGUGGGCAGUUCAUCGUGGAAUUCGACAACAUCCAAAACGGCGCCAAUCACAUUCACUCUGUGUGGCGUGAUGUGGAAAAUGACUUCGCCCAGGAUGUUUUGCGCGACCAUCAUUUGCUUUACCACAUACUCUAA